AUGUCGAAGAUCAGUGAAGACGAAAUGUGUGAGUUCAGAGAUGCUUUCACUUUGUUCGAUCGCGUUGGAGAUGGCAAAAUUGAUCCCGAUCAAAUUGAAGAUAUGCUUCGCGCCAUGGGAUUAAAUCCACUAGGAUCCGAUCUUAAACAAGUGCGGGACGACUAUAAGGAUAAGAGAGUGGAAUUUGAGGAUUGGCUUGGAGUCUACACCCAGUUCAAAAGCAAACCAGAGCCAGUCAGGGAGGAUUUCAUAGAAGGAUUCAAAUGCUAUGAUCGCGAUGGUUCAGGCACUAUUGAUGGGGCUUCGCUGAGAGGGCUGCUAUGCCUGCGCGGAGACAGCAGACUGACAGAGGAUGAAGCAAACGAGUUACUCGCCCCGGUGGAAGAUACACAGAAAGGGGUGAUAAACUACGAAGAAAUCAUCAAACUGGUAAUGUCCAGGCCAGAGAAGAUAGAAUGA